AUGUAUGCCCAUCAAAUACACAGAUGGUUUUAUACUGGUAGUAUGAAUGGUGCACGAUCAAGUCAUACAGCAUCUGUAUUAAUUAAUGGAAAAGUUUUAGUUACUGGUGGUAUUAAUGGUACUGUUCUAAAUAGUACUGAGUUGUAUGAUCCAUUAACAGGGACUUGGGCAGUUUCUGGUAAUAUGAAUAAAGCACGAUUUCACCACACCGCAUCCGUAUUAACAAAUGGAAAAGUGUUAGUUACGGGCGGUGAUACUGGCACUGCUACUAAUCUACAUAGUGCGAAAUCAUAUGUUUCAUUCAAGAAGAUUUUGACAACAAUCAAUGACAUGAAUAAUAUGCGAAAUAGUAGUAAGGCGUCAAUUUCUAGAAAUGAAAGUAUUUUAGUUACUACUGGGCAUAAUAGCAGUGAGCUAUAUGAUUUAUCAACGGAAGCUUGGACAAUUUCUGGCAGUAUGAAUGAUGAACGAAGUUUUCACACAGCAUCUGUAUUACUAAAUGGAAAAGUAUUAGUUGCUGGUGGUAUUAAUACAGGUUAUCUAAAAAGUACUGAGUUGUAUGAUCCAACAACAGGAGCUUGGACAACCACUGGCAGCAUGAACGAUGCCCGGGUUUUUCACUCAGCAACCGUAUUAACCAACGGAAAAGUAUUAGUCACUGGAGGAUUCCAUAUUGAUCGUGCCAAAAAUAGUGCUGAAUUAUAUGAUCCAUCAACCGGAAUUUGGACACCUACUGGUGACAUGAAUGAUGGACGCAUUUUUCACGCAGCAACUCUAUUAUCAAAUGGAAAAGUAUUAGUUACGGGCGGUGAUACUGGCGAAUCUGCUUUAGAAAGUGUAGAGCUGUACGAUCCAACCACAGAAGUUUGGGUAACUAGCACUAGUAUGAAUGAGGCACGAAUGUAUCACACAAUAUCCGUAUUAACAAAUGAAAAAGUAUUAGUUGUUGGAGGUUACAAUGGUGAUUGUAUGAAUAGUUCGGAAUUAUAUAAUACAUAG